UGCAGCUUCCUUCUCCCUGUGUUAAUCUAUCUGUUCUGUUCACAGCAACAGCUGAGCUAGUUAGUUAAGAUUAGCUUUAUUUUGUUAUUCAGCAUAUAGGGUCUUCCUUUUUGCCACUGCUGUACUAUUGGGGUUGCUUGUUAGCCAAGCUCUGAUCUACAGAAACGAUUUACGUGUUCCUACUGAGGAGCCAUGGCGGUCUACAACGUCAAGGUGUCAACGGGGGACAGGGCAUAUGCAGGAACCUCAGACUACUUGUACAUUACCCUGAUUGGAGCCAAGGGAGAGAGUCAACGCACACUGCUGGACAACUGGGGGAAAGACUUGACAAGAGGAAAGACUCGGAGCUACUCUGUGCAAAGCUCUCAGCCGUUGGGGGAUCUUCUCCUACUCAAGGUGGAGAUGGAUCCCUUACAGCUUCUCCCAGAAGACCAGUGGUUCUGCUCCAAGAUCGUGGUGACCACGCCGGAGGGAGACGUGGUUCUGUUCCCCUGUCACCAAUGGGUGUCCCGUGGGGAUGUGGUUGAGCUAAGAGGAGGGCCAGCCUUAAAGCUUUUUGAAGAGACUCAUCCCGUUCUACUCGAGCAUCGUAGAAAAGAGUUGGAACUGAGAAAACAAGUGUACCAGUAUACAACGCUAGCAGAGGGGUUACCAAAGUUCAACAGUUUCAAAGAGAUCACCGAUAUCCCAAGAUCCAUCAGUGGUUCAACCCCCAAAAAAGAGAAAGUGUUUUCUGCUACUGAACGCAAGCUAAAGCGACUAAAUAACUCUACAAAGGACUGGAAAGACUUGGAGGACCUAAAAUCAGUCUUUCGGUUCAGAUCAUCACCCUUGUAUGAACACUCCAUGGAGCACUGGAAGGACGAUGACUUCUAUGGUUUCCAGUUCCUCAACGGGGUGAACCCCAAUGUGAUCAGGUGCUGCUCCCAGCUCCCUGCUCACUUCCCGGUCACCGAGCAGAUGGUGAAGCCUUUCCUCCAGGAGGGGAGCUCCCUGCACAUGGAGAUGGAGAAAGGGAAUGUGUUCCUCUGUGACUACAAGACGUUGGACGGAAUACCCUGCAGGGACUAUAAUGGGAAAAAGCUGACGGUGGCUGCUGGUCUCUGUUUGCUGUAUAAGAACCCAAAGGAUGAACUGAGGCCCAUUGCAAUACAGCUUCAGCAACAACCCUCAGAGGAGAACCCCAUCUUCCUGCCCAGUGACGGCGAGACAGACUGGCUGCUGGCCAAGCUGUUCAUCAAAAACUCAGACAGCAUCCAGCACCAGUCCGUCCAUCAUCUCCUGAACACGCAUCUUGUGGUUCAAGGAUUUGCCCUGGCCACACUGCGAAACCUACCGUCCAUCCACCCCCUCUACAAACUCCUCAUUCCCCACUUCCGCAACACAAUCCAUGUCAACACGCUGGCACUCUCUGACAUAAGGAGCGAGGAUGGAUUCUUUAACCAAAGUACCAUAGGAAUGGCGGGGUCUCUGAAGCUGAUGGCACGCGCUCACGCGGAGACCACGUACAGCUCUCUCUUUCUGCCUGAGAACAUCGCCGCACGAGGACUCCAGUCCGUGCCCAACUUCUACUACAGAGACGACGGACUGAAGCUCUGGCACAUCGUCCAAAGCUUUGCAAAGGAAAUGGUGGACAUCUAUUAUCCCUCUGACAACAACGUGAGCAGAGACUCUGAGCUGCAGGAUUGGAUCGAGGACAUCUAUACCAACACUUUCUUAGAAAAUGGCCGCUCAGGAAUUCCUCAGGAAUUCCUCAAAGUGGAGGAACUGGCCAAGUUCGUCACCAUGGUGAUCUUCACAGCAUCAGCAAAACAUGCUGCAGUUCACAAUGGACAGUUUGAUUACAUCGGCUGGAUCCCAAACAACCCCAUGAUGCUGUGCAGACCUCCUCCGUCCACAAAGGGACGAUCCAGCAUGGAGACCCUUCUGGAGACUCUUCCCAAUCAGGCGACCACCGCCAAACUAUUGUCCCCCAUUUGCAACGUCUGCCAGGAAGUUGAAGACUUGGUACCUCUGGGUUCCUACCCAGAGCGCUUCGGGGAGCCCUUGUCCAGGCUGAACCUUGCGGCGUUCCAGGGGGACCUGGCCUACCUCAGCGAAGAGAUCACCAAGAGGAACUCAGAGCUCCUGCUUCCCUACGAGUACUUGAACCCGGCCCAGAUCGAGAACAGUGUCGUCUCUUAAAUGGGUCAGGGGUUAGGGGGGAAACCAAACCUGCACAUGUUGAUGGAGUAGAGAAUGAGAGCCUGUUGGCUUCACUUAAUUGCACAUCUUUGGCCUGUAUGUGUGUGUGUGUGUGUGUGUGUGUGUGUGUGUGUGUGUGUGUGUGUGUGUGUGUGUGUGUGUGUGUGUGUGUGUGUGUGUGUGUGUGUGUGUGUGUGUGUUUGUGUCUUUGUAACGGUGUGCAAUGCGAUUCUUUUAUAUGUCAUUUAAAUAAUAA